GUAAAUCCUUAUUAAAACAUUCAAUCAUUAAUCUGUCUGAAGAUUUUUAUUUUGUAUUCAGAAAUCAUAAGCCUUCUAUGAUAAUGUUAGAUGCUAAUGUUCAGGGCAAUUAUUAGAUUAGUUGAUCAUCUCUCGCAUUCCCAUUUCAGAUUAAGGUUUAGCGGAUUUUUGCCCAUUAUGCUGAAGAGGUAAGGGAUGAGUGGGUUGCCUUGCCUUAGAGCUUUGGAGGGUUUGAACCAUAAUCCUGGAUGACUAUCAAUGGAAAUCCUGAAAUGUGGUGUUGAAUUGUAGCUACAUACCCAUUCAAUGACCUUGUAAUUGAGCUCACACAUUUGCAUGGUUUUGUGGAUGAGGCUCCACCUAUGUUUAUCAAAGGCUUUUCAAAAGUCUAAUUCGAUGAAGACCCCUGAAGGACAAUUGCUUCCUUGCUUAGGUACUGCUUGAAAUGUUCACAAUGCUGCAAAGAUCAAACUUCAUGGCUGGCUGUUUUCACGAGUCAUUACCACAGUCUCAUGCCAUACAUUGUAGCCCUUCAUUGCUGAAAGGGAAGAUGAUAACAGUUCAUACAAGAGGAAUACGUCAUUUUUGUCAAAAUCCAUGCAAGUUUAAGGAGGAUAGGGUUCCUUCUCUAAGGCUGUUGGAUGUGCGCUGUAUGUCCAACCUUCCAGAAAAUACUAUAUAUGGAGGACCUAAAUCCCAAUCUCCCUGGAAGAGGAUAACUUUGAAGCAUCUUUCUGAAAAAUAUGGGAAAGAGGAGCCAAUUACAAUGGUUACAGCUUAUGAUUAUCCAUCAGCAGUUCAUGUUGAUCAGGCAGGCAUUGAUAUUUGUUUAGUAGGAGAUUCAGCUGGAAUGGUGGUGCAUGGGCAUGACACAACUUUACCUGUUACCAUAGAGGAUAUGCUACUACACUGUCAAGCGGUUGCCCGUGGGGCAAGGCGACCCCUUCUUGUUGGUGAUUUGCCAUUUGGAAGCUAUGAAAAGAGCACAGAGCAGGCAGUGGGAACUGCAAUCAAGAUAUUGAAGGAGGGUGGCAUGGAUGCAAUAAAGCUUGAAGGAGGUGCAUUGUCCAGGGUAUCUGCAGCACAAGCUAUAGUUGAGGCAGGCAUUGCAGUGAUGGGGCAUGUGGGGCUUACCCCACAGGCAAUAAGUGUUCUUGGUGGCUUUCGACCUCAGGGUAGAACUGCGGAAAGUGCAAUAAAGGUUCUGGAAAGUGCGCUUGCUUUGCAGGAUGCUGGCUGCUUCUCAAUUGUACUAGAAUGCAUGCCAUCCCCUGUGGCAGCUGCCGUGACUUCAGCUCUUCAAAUUCCUACCAUUGGAAUUGGAGCGGGGCCAUCUUGUAGCGGCCAGGUCUUAGUAUAUCAUGAUUUGCUGGGAAUGAUGCAGCAUCCACACCAUGCCAAGGUUACGCCCAAGUUUUGUAAGCAAUAUGCAAAAAUAGGAGAUGCAAUAAACAAAGCUCUUUCAGAGUAUAGAGAGGAGGUUUCUUCGCGGUCAUUUCCUUCUGAAAUUCACACUCCUUACAGAAUCGAUCAAUCUAACAUGGAUACAUUUGUCAAUGAACUUGAGAGAAGAGGGCUAAGCAAAGCAGCAAGUGCAGCUGUUGCCUCAUGUGAGAAAGAUGAUAAAGCCUGAGGGCCAUAAAUCAAAUUUUACUAUGUGAGUAUUUCAAAUUAAAAUUUCUACUUGAGUUCAAUAAGAACAAAGCAGAAUCAAAAAUCACGAAACCCUUGUCACAUUAUUAGAGUCUUUAAUUCUCUUACAGUUUGCAAUGGUAGAUAGAAACCAAGUAAACAAUGCACUUGUAAUAAAAGCACCUUCUUUUGUUCUUUAGAACAUUUAUUUUCUUCCCUUCUAAUGUAAUGCACAUUUCACAUUAUUAUCUAUCUUUCAAAGAAAUGAAAUGAAUUUUUUUAAUAA